AUGGGAGUGGCCUGUCCAGAUAAAGAGGUAGAUGAACAGAAGUUUAUCAUCAAGGCUUGUCAGAAGAAAGGACGACAGUGGCUGGUUCCAUAUCCAUGGCAGAGAAACCCAAAGGAACUGCCAGACAACAAGGUACUGGUGGAAAAAAUGCUCUGUGCUACAGAAAAAAGGUUGCUGAAGGAUGCCGAGCAUGCCAAAGCCUAUGAUGAUCAAAUCAAAGAAAUGGUACGGAUGGGUUUCGCAAGGAAAAUGACAAAUGAGGAAAUGGAGUCGUAUGAGGGCCCUGUGCAUUAUAUUCCUCAUCAUGCAGUGUUGCGACCGGAAAAGAAGAGCACACCGAUAAGAAUUGUCUUCAAUUCCUCUUCAGUGUAUGCUGGCAAGUGUCUCAACGACUUCUGGAUGAAAGGCCCUGACCUCUUAAAUAACUUGUUUGGAGUCAUCCUACGUUUCCGGGAGAGGUCAGUAGCAGUUUGUGCAGAUAUCUCAAAAAUGUACCACAGGGUGCUGAUACCCGAGUCUGAUCAGCACGUACACAGGUUUUUAUGGAGAGAUUUGCAAGUGAACAGAAAGCCUGAUACGUAUGUGAUGCAAGUCGUGACGUUUGGAGAUAAGCCGGCUCCAGCAAUGGCGCAGACAGCACUGAGACUCACCGCAGAAGAGGGGCGUGCUCAGUCUCCAGAGGCUGCAGAAGUAUUGAAAAAGAGAUACAUACAUGGAUGA